GUAUUUUUCGUACCUAAUAGUUAAGCCAGCUGAUUAUUCUAGGUGAGUGUUUUUCACUUAAAACUGCAUUACCUUUUGUGACCUUCGAUUGAAUAGUUGUUUUAUACGUUACGACAAUGUCACUUCUAUUGUGGCUUUCUUUCUGCUCUCUGUUCGGAGUUGCGUUUUGUUGCGACGCUUACAUCAAGACCAACCAAUGGCCCGGCCGCUCCGUCAUCGUACAAAUGUUCGAGUGGAAGUGGUUAGACAUAGCUGACGAGUGCGAGAGGUUCCUUGGACCCAAAGGAUUUGGAGCUGUACAGACUUCCCCAGCAUCAGAGAACUUGAUACUAGAUCUAAACGGUACAAGACCUUGGUACGAGCGCUACCAAGUGAUGUCUUACAAACGGGUGACCCGUUCAGGAAGCGAAGCUGAUUUCCUAAACAUGACUACUAGAUGCAACAAAGUUGGUGUUAGAAUUUACGUGGACGUCGUAUUCAACCAUAUGGCAAUACCGCAGAAUACAAAUAAGGUUUACAAUGGGACUGAUGGCAGUACUGCAGUUAUAGACGAAUAUUCCUAUCCAGCAGUUCCGUAUACUGAGGAGCAUUUUCAUCACCCAGUGUGUGAAGUUAAUGACUACGAUAAUGCUACAGAGAUUCGAGUAUGUCAGCUGGGUGGAUUGCAAGAUUUGAAUCAGACAAUGCCUUACGUGCGUCAGAGGAUUAUCGUGUACCUAAACGAGCUUAUUGAUCUUGGUGUAGCUGGUUUCAGAGUAGAUGCAGCAAAGCAUAUGUGGCCAGAAGAUCUAAAAGAAAUUUACAAGUACCUCAGCAAUUUGAAGACAAACCAUGGAUUCCGAGAGAAUUCUAGACCAUACAUUUAUCACGAGGUUUCAAAGGGUGGAGUAGUUACGUAUGCUGAUUACAGAGAUAUGGGAGAUGUUACGGAAUUCACUGCUGGAACAGAAUUAGCGCUAAUAUUCACUGGUCGAAAGCCACUGAAGUCGCUAAGGUCUUGGGGCACUGCGGAACUGGAUAUGAUGCCAAAUGGAAAUGCCUUAGUUUUCGUUGACAAUCAUGACACACAACGCAAUGGAUUUAUAUUGACGCAUAGAAAUGCUACAUUAUAUAAGGCAGCUUUAGCAUUUCUUUUAGCACAUCCAUAUGGGCAGCCUCGAAUGACAAGCAGUUUUUAUUUCAAUAGUUUUGACGAUGGCCCACCCGCUGAUAGUAAGGGAAAUAUAAUAUCUCCUACUAUUGACGAGAACGGAAUGUGUGAUGAAAAUUGGGUAUGUGAACAUCGCUGGGGCCCCGUGUACAGAAUGGUGGCAUUCAGAAAUGAAGUAAUGAAUACAGAAGUUAACUACUGGUGGGACAAUGGGAACAACCAAGUUGCGUUCAGUUUGGGGGACAAAGGAUUCGUUGCUUUCAACACUGAAGGGAGUGUGAUGCAUGUGGAGAUACAGACAGGACUUCCAGCUGGGAUCUAUUGCGAUAUAAUAUCAGGAGAAAAAGACAAAGAAUUGCCCUUUUGCACUGGGAGAAAUAUAUCGGUAUCAAUUACUGGGAAGACGGAAAUAAUUUAACUGGUGACGAAGAGACACAUCUUGCCAUACAUGUUGGAAAAGAGUCGCUUUUGGUGUUGACAGGAUAAGAAGAUUCGAUUAACCAGAAGUUAGUACCUUAUUAGGUAUAGUAGACUAUUGUCUACUAUUAAAAAGAUUUUGAAUGUAGUUUCGAGACGUUAGUUCGAUAUUUUAAUCUUAUUUAUUACCUGUUUUUCUCCUUUACUUGUAAU